AUGGCUCUCAAUAAGAAUCUCUUAUUGGCGCUGCUAGUCGCGGUUGUUGGAAUCCUAUUCUACAACUACAAUGGAGACAUUUCCAAAGUCCGUAUUGCUCGGGGUGCUGGUUUCGGUGCAACGACUAAGAAGACCACUACAACUACACCUGUCAAGAGUGCUACUCCUGCUCCCGUCAAGAGUGGUGUUGUAGCAUCGCCUGUUGCAUCGGUCGUCCCAUCUGGUCCAUUCAGUCCGACAAACACUGUGCCCCCUCAACCCGCUGCAUACCCAAGUGCUGAUGAGACUUUGAUGAUUACUGGGUCUUAUUUGAACGAUCCAAUUGUCACCAACGCAUUAGCCUACGUCAAUGCUGUCGUACCUGCUGCAAUUUUGAACUAUGCACCGAGCAAGUACAUCCAGUACUCGACCGUGACUUAUACUGCCAACCCAACCACAACCUGCUACUGGCCCGAUGCCCAAUGCACCCGCACAACUAGUGGCACCUGGGGAGCUGCGGACAUUGUAUACUGUAACAGCCAAAACCAAUGGGGUCUCACUUACGACGAUGCGCCAUCUGUCAACUUGGUCGGUACCACCCACGUCAAUGACACUUACACCAUCAUGGACGGAUUGUCUGCUUUGAACCUUAAAGCAACGUUCUUUGUUACCGGGUCACAAACCAUUUACUACCCUGACGCUCUCGCUGCAGUCGCCAGCGCUCAGCACCACGUUGCUCACCACUCGUGGUCUCACCAUCCAAUGACGAGUUUGACUAACGCUCAGAUCGUUGCCGAAAUGGAGUACACUACCGCCGCCAUCUACAAGGUCACUGGUCUAACCAUGCGCUACUUCCGUCCUCCUUACGGUGACAUUGACGACCGUGUCCGUGCUAUCGUGAACGCCUUGGGAUACCGCAUUGUUAUCUGGGACGGAAUUUAUGACUCUACUGACGCAGAUGUCACUGCCAAUGCCGCUUCCUACACCACUGUCAUGAAUAUUAUCAAGAGCUGGUUCAACGUACCUCAAGGAUUUAUUUCUUUGCAACACACCAUUUCUACCUUCACAUCCGGUACAUCUGCCGAUACUCUCCGAAACAUCAAGGCUAUGGGUGGUAUCAAUAACCAAAUGAUGCCUGUCCCUCAAUGCUUGGGUGACGUCAACUGGUACAAGAACAAGCAAAUCACCACGGUCUGGAACACUUGUACCAAGCCUGCUGGUUGUUCUGGAGUUGUUCAAGCUCCCCAAACCCAAGCUUCUCCCAAUCCAGCUCCUCUCUACCCCGUAUCUUCCACUGGUGCUUGCUCAGCCACCGCAGGGUCAUGUCCAUCAGGCGCAAACUGUUGUUCUCAAUAUGGAUACUGUGGCCAGGACGUCAACGGUCCUUUCUGUGGUGCUGGAUGCCAACCCGCUUUCUCUUUCAAUGGAAAGUGUGCUUGA